CUGUGGGGAAAGAUACGGCGUCCACUAUUUUAAUACCAAGUUGUAAUAAACAAUGUACGUUACACACAUCGAAUUAUAAUUUAACGGAUGGUUAUGAAUCCAGUAUUUAUUCAAGAUGAAUAAAUAGCUAAGGAAACACAUCUUGUAAACAUGUUAAGCUCGUUAGCCAAAGGAUGUGGCUCUUGGAGAGGCGAUUUAGAGGCUACCGGAACAAGGGGCAAACAGAAGGCUAUUUUAUGUACAGGCCUCGGAGGUGAAGACACAAAGUUUCUUGAGAAGUCAGUCAACAUUCCGCUCCGAAUCAAAUCAGCUGCUGUAACCAGAUCAUCGACGGCAUCAUCGGAACGAGAUCAACUUGCCAACGCCAUCAAGGCUAAGACGCCAAAGACUGAGUACUCUAGACCAAAGUCUGUGUGUAGUAUCUCUCCGAGACCAAAAACACCAAGAGAGAAAAGACUGCGUUCAAAAUCAGCGGCUGUUAUUUUGUCUCCAAGGUCAAAGAACACGUCAUCCAGUGCAACAUUUGCCAAAUAUGGAUCUAAGUUCAACGUCUCAGCCAAGCACACCAGUAGCAGAGAGGUCAACUCUAGGAAGUCAUUACCAUCAGAGGUCAAAUGUCAAAGGUCGGAUGGCCAACUUGAGCUUCCGAAGACUUUUAUGACUCGAAAGGGAGCGUUGAUGUUGUUUACUGCUCCAGAAAAUUUGAACUUCUCUUCAACGGACCAGAAAUGCUUCUACAAGAGUGGGAAGGAGGAGACGGAUGUCAGUAAGUUAUCGCUGACUUUAGGAACUGUCAACAAGUUGACGUCAUCGGUACUUGGCUAUGGCAAUCAACAGAUUGAGGCAGCACUGGACAGUGAUCAAGGCUCUAGGGAGAAGACCCACAUGCAGUUUAUACACGAUGACCUGGCAGAUCAAGAGAAUGUCGACUACAGAGCCCAACCUGGAGCAGACUUUGUUUUCUACCUUAGAGAUAUGCAAUCAAGAGCUGUGGUUCGUAAUCUGAUCCGCACACCAUCUCAACAAUCUCUUCUCUCAGUGGAUUCUACGGCCGAGCUGACCGCUGCCUUUCAGACCAUUGACCCUAGAGGAUCAACUGAAGGGAAAGGUCCGUUUCCGGCUGAUGUGAAGAGGCUUGCAGGGUCGCAACGCUGGAAUGUAUCCAGUGCUGGAAGCAUCAGGCAACACUCCAGAAAUGCACACUCCAGACCUUCUACCUCUGCAUCUGGCCGUAGUACGUCACUCUCUGUAGAGAAACUUGCUGCAUCUUUAAAAAGUUCUCCCUAUUUGGGUCAUCCUCUAAGUGCACCUUACCCACCAAACUGCCCUCCGUCCCCCGAAUUCUGCCAAAGGCAUGGCAGUCCUCUUUCCCGUCACUCUUUAGCUUCUGCAAGGUCACGUCAUGUUUCAUCGGCACACUCUGUGAGGUCACAUAGGUCAUCCAGAGUUAAUGGAUUUAAUGAGGUCGAAGGCGACAAUGCAUCGCAGGGGAGCUUCACUAACUUAUCAGCUGCCGAAUAUGCACAGGAAAGGAUGGGCAGUGAGGGUGCAUUUAGCACGCCCAUGGAUGAUGAGGCAGGUAGUUUCCAUGGCAACAGUGUAAGGACAGGUGGUUUAUCUCCAGGCCUCAGCUAUUCAGAAGUUGACAUUUCUACCAGGGAUGACGUCGUUGGCGACAACACGAGUCACGGUGACGCUUUAUCGUCUCACCAAGAUGAGAUGUGGAACCAGGAUCCACAACCUUACAGUCCCGUCCGAAAUAAUGAGAGCAGGCCCACAAGCUCUGUGUCACGCCACACUUUUAUUUCCGGCACUACCAGCGUGCCAACCACAGUGCAAGACGGUCAGCAAGACAACCUUGGAAUGCAGAUGGACGGCCAGUUUGAUCAUGACGUCUUGCUCGUAGACCAGAAUGCGCUUCUUCUUGAAAUUUCCUCCGACCAUGAGGAUGGACUAGACGCCCUCCAAGAGAGCGCCAACAGUGGACAGUGGCCGGUGAUGGACAGUACCGUAAUGGACGGCAACGACAGACUUAGUCCAGGUUUGUCUCCUGCUAGACUCAGAAGUCCCGAUCAUCCUCAAGCCAGGUCUUUAAGUCGCCCAGGAUCUGAGGCCAGAUCAUUAAGCCCUCGACUCCAAGUUGCAAGUCCUGCCCUUUCAAACCGAUCCACUAGAAGUCAAGAACAAGUUCAGUUCGACAGUGAGGAACAAACUCCAGAUUUUGAUGGUGCAGAGACACAGCAGCUGCCAGUACCAGGGGAUCAAGAAAUGCCUACUUUACCUAGCAAAAGCCCUUCACCUGUACCGUCUGAGAGAGUUCCUGAUCUACAGCCAAAAGAGACAAGACCACGAAGUGGAAUCCCUACCAAUCAGCAGGGUCUACCGCCCUCCAAUGCCACCCCUUCAUCGACCCCAAGGCUACCACCAAGGAAAGCAGACUUGGGUGAUGUUGUGAAUAGGGUAGCCGAGAAAGAAAUGGGAGUGCCCUAUACGACCCUCGUGCCACCCAAACUGGGUCCUUCUGGAGAUCAAAGAACAAAGACAAGAGCAAGCCCAGAGAGGCAGUCUCCAUCUCCAACACCUCAAGAAGUCAAACCUGACGCUAAGCCACCGACUCCAACUAAAAAGAUCUCUAAACUAGACCUUGGAAAGCUGAAAACCAUGGUCAAACCAGCAGAGGCUAAAUCCAAGUCCCCUAAGGUAGGAAGGAAGAGCAAAGGUAAAGGGGUGAGACCCAAAUCCAGUGGAGUACAGUUCAUUGAUAGCUUGAAAGUGGACAGCUACGAAGGACCGAGUGAAGAUGAAGUGGAGAAGAUGGUACAAGAAGAGUUAUCAAAAGAACUUGAACUGAGUCAGCUCACUGAGGGAGAAGAAUCACAGCUUUUAGCUGUUCCAGAAGAGAAGGCCGAUGAUGCGGUUUCCUUAGGAACAGACGAUGAAGCUCUGGAAAGAGAAAUCAAGAAACAAUCUCAGCAAGGGAAGAAGAAAACUAAGAAGCAGCUGGCGAAAGAAAAGGCAGAACUCAAAGAAGCAAGACAGCAAGAGAAAUUGCGUCUUGAAGAAGAGAAAAAAGCGUUAAAAGCAAAAAAGAAACAAAAGGAAAAAGAGCGAAGGCAACAAGAAAUCGCAGAACAGAGGCGGAUACAGAUGGCGAAGGAGGAACUAGAAGAUGCAGCAUGGGAGGCAGAGAGAGCAGCCGAGGCUGAAGAGGAGGCAAGGCAGAUGCUACAAGAGUCUAGAAAACUAGCAAGAGAAGAACGAGAGGCGAGGAGGAAAGCUGAUGCGGAGAAGAAGAAACAAGAGAAAGAGAAACAACGACAGGAACGCAGGAAAAUGGAGGAGGCAGCCAGACAGCGGGAGCAAGAAAUGGCAGAGCGUCUUGCAGGAGCAGCCGAGAAGCGAAAGCUCCGAGAGGAGGCAGAAUGGGAGAGGCAAGAGAGGGAACGUAUGGAGCAAGAAGAAAGAGAACAAGAAGAAGAAGAAGAAAAACGGAGACAAGAAGAGGAGGAGGAGAAAAUCAGAGAGAUGGAGAGAGAGGCUGAGGAAGAAGCCCUCACCCGGCUGGUCAGGGAGAGGGAAGAGGCGGAGUCAAGGAUGAGGCAAGCCAGACAAGAUGCAGAGAAACAACGGCAAGAGGAAGAGAGAUUGCGUCUUGAAGAAGAGAAGAAGAAAGACAAAGAAGCGGAGAGACAACGUCUUCUUGAGGAGGAGGCAGAGAAGAAAAGACAAGAAGAAUUAGAAAGAAUCAAGCGGAUCCAACGAAUAGAAGAAGAGGCUCGCGAGAGGGUCAGGAAAGAGCUCGCCCGCCGGAAGACAUGGGCCCUGAGACGUCGAGAGCACAACCAAGGGCAGCGAGAUCAUCUGAAUGGUAUGAGGCAAACUCAAGGAAUGACCAGACCUUGGGUCUUCUCUUACUACGUUCACUGGCCCAAGGAAAACUAUGAGAAGAGAAUAUUCGUCGCCAAGAAAAAGCAGUUCCGGGCAAGGCCAAAACCAAAGCCAUUACCGGAGGCGGGACCUCCUGCAAAAGCAUAAAGAAGCAGCUUAUGAAGUAUUUGCCAA